GGGAGGCGGCGGCGGCGGCGGCGGGGGAGGACCAUGUCCCUUGGCAGCUGGGCUCAGGCUGCGGCAGUGGCAACAGGAGCGCCGAGGACCAGUUGCUCAACACUUGAGCACUUUGCACGGCUCUUUCUUCUCCCUUCGGUGGAUUUCCAGCUCCGGAGCUGCAAGGGAGCAACCGUGCAAGGCUUCUGCUGGGGAUGCGUGCAGUGCCAGGCCACUCUCUCAACUGACCCAGAAGUGCCAGGCAGGAAAACUCUCUCGCUGGUGCAGUGGCCCUGCUGGAAUUAAAACCUCACGGGCGGCCUUUCCGAAUGGGGAGUCUGUGCCAAGGCUGAAGAUGCCAGGAAGAUUCCCGCUUCCACACGCCCCGCGGGCUGCCGUCAGCGCGUCUCUGCCCGACUCGGAUGCUGUGAUGCUCAGAGGGUCGCCUUAACCCACGCGGCCCUUCCUGGAGUGUCCCCACCCCCCGCCCCUGGCCUCCAGCCCCCAGCUCCACCCCACGCUGGAGAUGGCCAGUCAACCUCUGGAGGACGGGGCCGAGUCGCAGGUGCCCGAUGAGCUGGAGUGUAAGAUCUGCUACAACCGCUACAACCUGAAGCAGCGGAAGCCCAAGGUGCUGGAGUGUUGCCACCGGGUGUGCGCCAAAUGCCUCUACAAGAUCCUGGACUUCGGGGACUCCCCGCCCGGCGUCAUCGUCUGUCCCUUCUGCCGCUUCGAGACCUGCCUGCCGGAUGACGAGGUCAGCAGCCUGCCCGACGACAACAACAUCCUGGUCAACUUGACUUGCGGGGCCAAGGGCAAGAAGGGCCUGCCCGAGAACCCCACCGAGCUGCUGCUCACCCCCAAGCGGCUGGCCUCGCUGGUCAGCCCCUCGCACACGUCCUCCAACUGCCUGGUCAUCACCAUCAUGGAGGUGCAGCGGGAGAGCUCCCCGUCCCUGAGCUCCACGCCCGUGGUGGAGUUCUACCGGCCGGCCAGCUUCGACUCGGUCACCACCGUGUCGCACAACUGGACCGUGUGGAACUGCACGUCGCUGCUCUUCCAGACGUCCCUCCGGGUGCUGGUGUGGCUGCUGGGCCUGCUCUACUUCAGCUCCCUGCCGCUGGGCAUCUACCUGCUGGUGUCCAAGAAGGUCACCCUCGGGGUGGUCUUCGUCAGCCUCGUCCCUUCCAGCCUGGUGAUCCUGAUGGUCUACGGGUUCUGCCAGUGCGUGUGCCACGAGUUUCUGGACUGCAUGGCGCCUUCUUCGUAGCCGGCAGGUGAACCAGGAUGAGCUGGGUUUUGUUUUUUAUUUUAUUUUUCCUCGUGCAGUGGCCACGUUGGAAGUGAGCUCCCCCCCGAGGGCCACGGACUGUUUCUUUUCCAUUCUCCACGGAGAGCAUCCGUCCGGGGGGGACGUGCACCCAGCACAUUUUUGUGCUCGGUUUUCCCUCCGAAUAGCCACGCCACUGGUUUUCCUAUGGGAAGCGAAAGGGUUCGUUUUCACCUAGGGAUUAGCAAAAACAGCGCAAUGUGGCCAAGUUAGGUAAGCCUGCCUGCAGCCGUCAGGGGGCUUCCCACGGCUGUGCUGCGGGAGGGUCUUUGUGGCAGAUCAGGAAAGCAGUGAUCUCUCUUCUCGGAACCAUCUAGAGCCCGCCCCACCCCCCCCAAGGGUGGGCACCAGUAGGAUGCAGUUCUAAGACACGGAAUUGAAAAGGUGCGCACACAUACACAUACACACAUACACACACACAUACACACACACACUCACACAUUGUGGGCAUGAGAAGAAAGCAGUUCUAAGACAAGUUUGAAAAGGGCUCCCUCUUCCAACACUCUCAUCCCCACUAGGGUGUCGUUGCUUAUUAGCUGCCAAGAGGAAACCGCCUCAUUCUCUCGCCUGGUUUCCAGUAAGUACCUGUUGUGCUACAUGGCAGGAGAGAAUGAGAAAGAUGAAGACAUUUGUUCCAAAGCAAACUUGGAGACAAGACGAGGCUGUGUGCUUUCGGGACACACCCUUUCCUCAUCUUUAGUUUUCUCUCUCCCUGGUCGUCUGUGAUCGUCUCACCCAGCAGUAGCCGGUGAGGGAGAUCUUCCUCUGAGCCUUUCCUUAAAACAUCUUAGGGUUUUUAUUUGAUUUUAUUUUUGAUGUUGGGGUUUUGAAGAACUUUGAAGUUUCUCACUCGGUCAGCCCACUCCCUUAUCUUUCUUGAGAUUCCAUUUAAAUUAGUUGCUCUCCGUUUUUUUGACGAUUUCCUCUCCUUCCCAUUUCCCAUUGCAUCCUGGUAUUGAAUUGUAAUUCAGCGUUUCACCAGCUGUUCGAGUUCUCACCGUUUGAAGUGCGGGGAGCCUGUGCACUUGGCCGUGCCUUGCUGAGUCACUCGACAAUGGCACGGUUCAGGGUUCUGUGUGAGGCUGACUGCAGGAGGGGAGAGGUGAGCUGGUCCUUUGCUUGCGAGGGCUCUGCAGGGUGGGGACAGAGCUGGCGGAGGGCGUGGACUCUGGUUCUCUCUGUCAUGCUCAAGUCCACAUUAGGUGAUUUCAAGGGCUUAUUUACUUCAAAUAAAAAAAACUUAAGCUAUGUGACUUGAUUUAACAAACUUCUUUUCAUGAUCGGGGUGAAGUUGAAUGUAUAUAUUGACAGAAGAAAUUUCUAGCUGAUUUUAGGUUUCAGGGGAUCGAGUGUCUGUUCAGAGAAUAGUCUCCCCUGUACCCCCACCCAAGGAGGGAAAAAGAAUUUCAGUCUCUAAAACGCACUUCCAGGCGGUUAACAUUAAGAAAGUUCUGACUCUUAGGAAGGGGUAUGACUGAAACGACUUUAACAUGUCUGUGAUGAAAUAUUUGUUGUGCAAUAUGGUUGCAGUGGGUCAGUUCCAGUCUUCUUAUUCAGGAAAAUUGACAUUUAUUUCUAGGGAUAGAAGUUUGGUUUUAUUGUAUAACCAUUAACUUUGAGAAUAUUUGUGCCCAGGAUGAGUAUGACAGAAAAGGGUAUAUGACCUGAUGGAUUUAAGUUCCAAGAUAAAGCUAAAUACACAAUGAUUUCACACAGUCUAGUUUAGAUAGCCUAUGAAUGCAAUUCCCAAACUUCCAUUUGUACUUAGGUUGAAUGUAAUGUUUAGAAGAUGUUUUGUGGUUUGGAUUUAUAUAUUUAUAAGGUUUUUUAAAAAACAUCAACUUUGUCUGAAAUGUAACAUCAAGUAAAUGGGUGAGUAUCAGAUUUCUAGAAAGCUCUGCAUAUGGGUACUAUGUAUUUUGCUUGUUAGUAUCUUGUCUGCAGUACUCAAUUUAUGUCUUUCUGUGUACUGUGAUAGUCUUGGUUUUUUAAGUAAACUUGGUUUUAAAAAGUCUUAAGUAUACAACAAAAACUUCAUGCUAUUGAAUGGAAAAAAAGAAAUGCUUCAAUAUUUUAUUCACUGUGAUAAUGUUUUAUUUGUCCAUUAAAUUGUUAUUAUUUCCAAACAGAA